CUUUUCUGUGACAUUGACAGGUCCGAUUGGCGGGUACAUCUGUACCUCGACUUUAGCAGGCCCACUGGCACGCUUUUAGAGCCGGCCGACGACUCGAAUCGCUAGUCACAACUGGCGCGCCGCGGUGAUUCGCAGCCUUCUCGACAAACACGCCAAGUGAUUGAAGCAAAGCAGGCAAACCGAGUAAACAUCCUGCACUGCAUGCCCUCAUUUCCCCAUAGACGUCAACAGAGACCGUCGACUUGAGGCCGUCCCACCAGCACUUCAAUUUCAGAUACUAUAGCAAAGAUGAUGGACUCGGACGAAGACGACAUUUACCCUACGCAUCAAGAUGAAACCAACGGGCACGGCGCGCCGCAGGGUGAGGUGAAAAUGAACGACGUAGAAGACGGCGAAGAGGAGGGCGAAGAAGUCGAAGAAGAAAGCGAUGACGACGUCGACUUCAUCAUCGAUGCCAAAGAUGAGCCUCAGGCAGAACAGCCAGGAUCACAAUCGAAGCGUCCUUCGAGCCUUGCGCCAGCCGCAACAGCAGAUAACCUAAGAAAGUCAUCCUCGACGCCGACACCCGCGGGGACACAGAUCAAACCAUCCGGGACGCCCGUUGCCGGUACUACAGCAGGAGAUGACACCCAGACGAGAAGAGAUACUUCCCAGCCCCCAAACGAACGUCCGGGCACCGACUAUCCGCCACGACAUACAUCGAAAAUCGACCCGAACGGAAACCCCAUACACCCCGCAACGGGCAAGCCGAUCCUGUCAACCGAUCUAGACGUGGAUUUCCCAACGGAGUCAUCCAAGCCAUGGCGCAAGCCCGGUGCCGAUAUCACCGACUACUUCAACUACGGCUUCGAUGAGUUCACGUGGGCGUCAUAUUGCCUUAAACAGCAGCAGAUGCCCAAGGAGGUCCAGCAGAUCCGCCAGGAGGCAGAGCAACUCAAGGCCUUUGUCGAAGGGAUCCCCGGCGGCGGGAUUCCCGGUAUGCCUCCAUUGCCUGGCGCUACGGCUCCAAGUGGUGGUCCAGGUCCAGCUCCCGCUCCCGCUCCAGGCGGCGAUAUGUCGCAGAUGGGAAUGCCCAGCGAAGCUCAGAUGCAGCAGAUGUUUGCGGCCAUGACUUCGCAAGGCAUGGAUCCUAUGUCCAUGGACCCAUCACAGUUUAUGCAGUUCAUGGCCGCGGCCGGAGGUCCUGGAAUGAUGGGUGGUCCACAGGGCGGUCCUCCGACCGGUCCUUCAGGCGGAUUCGGUGGUGGUGGUGGUGGCAGCGGGUUCGACCAAGGUGGUGGUGGAGGCCCAGGAGGUGGGGGCGGCGGCGGCUUCGGCCGUCCAAGAGGGAAGGGUGGAAGGAGAAACUGGUAGAGACAUUUUCGGCAUCCGGAUACCCCUACUGUUCAAUACUAGAUUCACUCGGUCUGGUACGGAAUGGCUAUGUUAUCCACACAACUUAAACGCGGGCCCCAAUCGGUCGGUUCCAGUGGUCUGGAGUCGCAGCGCAACCUAUUUCGGUUCCUCAUCAACCAUCAAUCACCCGUCGACCAUGAGAAUACCAACUCGACUCGAUCGGGACUCGAUUUGUCUGGCCGCCGUGGACCGCAUUUUCUUCGAGUUCUGUCAGAACAGUGUUGCCCCGCUUCAGCAGGGGAUAUGAAGGCUUCAUCUGCGGGAGAAAGGUUAAGGCGUCAAAUUACGCAGACCGACACAUUGUCUUUACGACAGAAAUGGUUGAGACAGACUGGACUAAGACAUGAGCUACACUACGUGGGGAAUAUGUCACACGAGACACUGGAGCAGACUCCAUAAGACGCCAAAACAAUGCGAGCAUGUUCAUGGGAUGAAGAAUACAAUCCCUAAGCUGCAGAAGAAAAGAAGCCCAUGUUUUCAGAUCAACAUGGACCAAAAUGUGGAUGUCGCAUCAGGCGCAUCUACCUGUAUUACAAACUAUUACACCUCCAUUGUAUCCGAGAGCCUUGUUUGGUCGGUUUUUGCUCCGAGUCCUCUUGCUCUCUAGUCCGUCCAUCGUUGUACGCUGAUUAGCCGCAAGGGCAUCUCCGCUCGUUCACAGCAGCACGAAUGGCAACAUCGUAGUAACAUGGAAGUAGUUACAUCGACACGCCUCGCGAACAGCAGCCAAUUUCGAACUCCCACAAAAGUACACUGAUGGCACAACUUCAGAUCAGAGGGACACUGCACGUGGUAGAGGUUUCUUCCAUAUGCACCAUGACCAUCAUCAAUAAAACCCUUCGGAGAACCUGGAGGUUGCUCCCCCACCGCCACUAGGGCCUUCGCCGCCGCCGUGAGGUACGUGGUAGAAUCUCUCUAUAAGCAAGAUUCUACUGUCAGCUGGGGCUCUACCAAUGGGCCUCUCUGAGGAGACAUGACUAUUCAGGGCAGUCAUACCUGUAUAGCCAGUGAACUUGGGAUCCGCCGAAUCUGCCACCGAUCCUACGGUCCCGCCGGAUCUGCCGUGUCUCAUGGACGCCUUUGCCGUCGUGACUCCGCCCAAGUUUCUGGCUGCGGGUAUCCUGCUUGGGAACAGUGGCUGGCGCCGGGCUGAGCCAGGAAACGACUGCCCAGGACCCUCUUGGCGAUUCGAGAAGUGAGCCGAGACUCGUGUAGCGGUCGUCCCGGGAAUGUACGUUCGGUUGGUCCAGGUCUGAUUAGGCAAGGCUAUGCGAUGGGCUGGGGUGCCUGGGUUUGUGGGAUUGGCGGAGCUCGCUUUCCACGUUUCGUAAGCCACUUAUCAGGAAAAGAAACGAAAGGGCUCGAAAAGAUGUACCAAUGUUUGAUGACCGUGCCUUUUCUGGCGCCGGCAUUGCUCCUUGGUCACCACCGCCGCCGGCGCCACCGCCACCAGCACCAUGUACACUGCUUCCUGAUCGUUGAUGAGGGUGCAGUUGUUCUGGACCGUGGCGAAACGACGGCUGUCCACGCAGGUCACGUCGCUCGGCCAAUUUUGGACGCUGGGCAGGUUCUUGAUUCGAUUCCGUCCUUAGAAGUCGGGACAAUUCAGGUUGUGGCAUGGUGUUCACAGCUCGAAUGGUGGGCGGUGCAGAAGCAUCAGCAGCAGCAGGGUUGUUGACGACAGGGGCCGCGCCAUGGGUCUGCUCCGCAAGGCAUUUUUUCUUUAAAGUGUCAUACAGCUUCUGGGUCUGGGAAUGCUUCCUGCUUUUCUCCCGGUACAUAUCGACCAGCUCGGCAUAUUUCUGUUCCAUCGUUCUGUGGUCAAGCCUGACGGCUUCGCUGGAGUCAGAAUGCGUGGCCAGAUGAUGAGCAGAGGCAGAUAGACCACUCGUACCAGCAAGCUUCUUCUCUAGGGCCUGGAUCUCGGCGUUGGCAUCGUGGAUGAUCUUGUCCACCGAUGUACUGAGAUGAUCAUUGCUCUCACUGAGAUUCCGGGCGACGUACUCCUGGUAGGAGCUGUCACCCGAUCAGUCAAAUUAUGUACGUGCAGAGAGGGCGCCGCUUGCUCACAUCUCCUGCGUGAUCUGGUACGUCCAAAACGCUAUUGCUCGUCCUGCACAUUCCAUGAUCGUGGUUGGGUCGAGUCCGCUGAGCACGCUUGCCUUGUAUUCUUCGGAGGGGUUGAGGCGUGUCUGCACGGCAUCGUCGAUAUUGGGGAGAUUCGUUCCACAAACGGGACAGCGACGUUGGGCACGAGGGACGUCGGUUAGACCGGCUUUUCUGGAGCAAUCGGUGCAGAAAAUGUGGCUGAUCAUGAGUUAGGUUUCUUCGGAUGCCACAAAGACGCGGGCGGGAAACAUGCGAGCAGGUGGUGACUACCGCCUCUUGCGAUAAGACAGCCCGGCAUGGCCCUCCAGUUUGGUUGUUACAACGGAGCCGUUGGUCCAUAGCCACAGGGAGAGCACCGGAGAUGUCGAAGGGCUGAUUGAACUUGUUUGUAUGAGCAGAUUGUUCUGUGCCUGCCAGCAGCAGAAGCCGCGUUCGAAUCAUCACCUGCGCGUCAUGGUGGACAGAAAUUGAUGACCGUCUUCAAAACGGAGCCUGCAGCAAGCAGGAGCAGGUCCGGGACCGCAACAGUCCCAUCACGAAAUCACACAUACCCGCCAGCUAUGCUUUUCAGUCGCAAUCUGCCGAUGGGCUUUAGAAACGGCAUUGCCCUGCGCAUCCCUGCGCCCCUUCGCCAGCUCCUCGAAUUCCUUGCCGGCCUUGAACUCCUUCCACAAGCUAGCAGGAUAGAUAUGCUUGUUCCUCUCGUACCAACGCCUAUCGACCACUUUGGUCAGUGUUGGAUCAUCAUUUUGGCCCUCCAGCUGCUGUUCCUUGGCCG